GCACCGCACCACGUUUGGGAGCCAGGAUGGAAAAGGAAAAGCCACCGCUUCCAAAAUAGAGGUCACCAAGGGAUGUGGCUUUCCUUGGGUGUGGUGGCCGUCUCCUCGGAGCAUCCCAGCCCCGAAGAAGAGUCCGCCGUCCACUGCAGGGGAAUCGGCAGCGGCGGCAUCGCGACGUCUUUGGAAAACAAGGACAUCUGGAGAUGCAGAGGAUUAUGGAUUCUCAUCAUUCGUAUUAAGGAGGCAAAAAGGCCGAAGCCUUGCAUACAGGAGCAAAAAAUCUACAGAAAAAAGGCUAUAAUGUUUCCAGUGCUUUAGCGAAGAGAAGACGGCGGUGGUUUGGGGGCGAAGGAAAGGACCCGCAAGACCCGUCCUGCCGUGAAAGAUUGGCAUCUUUCCCAGCAACUCUCGGUAGUGACAGGACGCCAAUUCUGGAGAGACGGGAUCCACAUUAAGCAUUUUUUAAGGCAUUUCCCCUUCUGCCAUGAGCGUGGACUGCGUGGCUUCCGAGAGUGAUCUGGGCACAUUUUGAGCCUCGGGCAUAAUCCGCCGGAUUGCUCCUCGCUGUCUCCUAUAAGGACCCAGCAAAGAACAGAUCUCCUCCUACUACUACUACUCUCUGGACUAGGGCUGCAUCUCCGCCAAGGAUGCCCACCACUUCGUCUCCAGAGGAGGACUACUGGAUCGAGGGAUCCCGCCGGGACGUGGUUCUCCAAGACUUCUACCUCGUGGGUGCCGAGUUGGGCAGGGGAGCCACCUCGGUUGUCUUCAGCUGCGAAGAGAAAGGGACCCAGGUCCAGUACGCAGCCAAAAUACUGAAGAAAACAAUUGACAAGAAGAUCGUUCGCACCGAAAUUGGGGUUUUGCUGCGUCUCUCGCAUCCAAAUAUUAUCAAACUCAAAGAGAUCUUCGAAACCCCCGCGGAGAUUGCACUCAUCCUUGAGCUGGUGACAGGUGGUGAAUUGUUUGACAGGAUUGUUGAGAGGGGCUUCUACAGUGAAAGAGAUGCGGCUCACGUAGUGAAACAAAUCCUAGAAGCUGUGUCUUAUUUGCACGCGAAUGGUGUGGUCCACCGUGACCUCAAACCGGAGAACCUCCUCUACGCCGAUCUCUCCCCAGAUGCCCCCCUCAAAAUAGGAGAUUUUGGCUUGUCCAAGAUUGUGGAUGAACAGGAUACCAUGAAGACUGUGUGUGGCACCCCGGGAUAUUGUGCCCCUGAAAUUCUCCACGGCUCACCAUAUGGCCCUGAAGUAGAUAUGUGGUCCGUAGGCGUCAUAACGUAUAUCUUGCUAUGUGGCUUUGAACCGUUCUUUGACCCAAGGGGAGACCAAUACAUGUACAGCAGGAUCCUGAAUUGCGACUACGAGUUUGUCUCUCCGUGGUGGGACGAGGUGUCUCUCAACGCCAAGGAUCUGGUGCAGAAGCUGAUUGUCUUGGAUCCCCAGAAGAGACUCACGGUGCAGCAGGCGCUCGGACACCCCUGGGUGACAGGCAAAGCGGCCAAGUUUGCCCACAUGGACAGCACCCAGAAGAAACUGCAGGAGUUUAAUGCCAGGAGGAAGCUGAAGGCUGCUAUGAAAGCUGUGGUCGCCUCUGGCCGCCUGGGCAACCAUGCCCACUACGAGGGCUCUAAAAACGGCCGCCAACAAGAUGCCCCGAAAGAAGAGCCUCAGGCGGCAGGAAGCAGCAACGUUUACAAAUCGGAACUCACCGGGCUCAGCGCACAAGACGUGGAUGUUUCUCCAUCCGCGGCGGAGAAGCAAGAGGGUCAAGUCGUGCUCAACGGCGCCAGUGGCAAGAGUUAACCAGACUCGGGCGCUUGGAUCCAGGCCAGUGGUGAGUCCAAGGGGUGAAAGUCUCCCCUCGUGAAGAUGAAGGCGGCGUUGAGAAGGAUGACGGGCACCUGCCGGGUUGAGAAAGUGUUCCGACAAAGGAGAGAAACUGCUCCUGAACGCCGCCAGACGUUGAGAAGACAUUUCGCAGCUGUGUCUCGCUUUCCCUCCAAAGAUUUUUCCCCCGUCCCACGAGUAUCCCCCUCUCUUUUAAACAUUUAACUCAACUCCAAACCUAACUCACAUCCCACUCUAAACCUUUUUUCGAGCAACAUAUUUUUAAAGCAGAAGUUCCCAAACUUAUUUGGCCUGCCGCUCCCUUUCUGGAAAAAAAUAUGACUCAGCACCACCUGGAAAGGGGGCGUGGCUUAGAGGGGUGGGCGUGGCUCCUGCUCAAGAGGGCGGGGCUGAGCCUCUCCCCUAUUCCUGCGAGAGGAGGUGGGCGGGGCCACAAAUGGGCGGCCAGGACUGGGAUGGGCGGAGUUACGAGCUCUGAGCUAGGGCUGAGCAUCUAUCUCUGUCCUGCGGUGCUUUCCAGGACACAGGGGGCGGGGCCUCUUCCCAAGUGACUGAUGGGGCUGAACCUCUAUAUUUAUUACAUCAUUUUUAUAACAUCACUUCUACCCCGCCCUUCACACCCAAGCGCCACAGGGGAGGUAUAUAGAGGCUCAGGCCUGUCUCAUGCUCUUGGGAAGAGGCCCCGUCCCUAGCCCUGCCCUUUAGUCCUAAAAGGCCUCUCAGGAGAGAUAUAGAGGCUCAGCCCUGUCUCAGGCUCUUGGAAGGAGGCCCCGCCCCCUUCCCUAACUCCGUCCUUUAGUCCUAAAAGGCCUCUCAGGAGAGGUAUAGAGGCUCAGCCCUAUCUCAGGCUCUUGGAAGGAGGCCCCGCCCCCACCCCUAGCCCCGCCCUUUAGUCCUGAAAGGCCUCUCGGGAGAGGUAUAGAGGCUCAGCCCUGUCUCGGGCUCUUGGAAGGAGGCCCCGCCCCCUUCCCUAACUCCGUCCUUUAGUCUUAAAAGGCCUCUCAGGAGAGGUAUAGAGGCUCAGCCCUAUCUCAGGCUCUUGAAAGGAGGCCCCACCCCCUUCCCUAACUCCAUCAUUUAGUCCUAAAAGGCCUCUCAGGAGAGGUAUAGAGGCUCAGCCCUAUCUCAGGCUCUUGAAAGGAGGCCCCACCCCCUUCCCUAACUCCAUCAUUUAGUCCUAAAAGGCCUCUCAGGAGAGGUAUAGAGGCUCAGUGCUAUCUCAGGCUCUUGGAAGGAGCCCCCCCCUUCCCUAACUUUGUCCUUUAGUCCAAAAAGGCCUCUCAGGAGAGGUAUAGAGGCUCAGCCCUAUCUCAGGCUCUUGGAAGGAGGCCCCACCCUUUUCCCUAACUCCAUCCUUUAGUCCAAAAAGGCCUCUCAGGAGAGGUAUAGAGGCUCAGCCCUGUCUCGGGCUCUUGGAAGGAGGCCCCGCCCCCACCCCUAGCCCCGCCCUUUAGUCCUGAAAGGCCUCUCAGGAGAGGUGUAGAGGCUCAGCCCUGUCUCGCGCUCUUGGAAGGAGGCCCCGCCCCCACCCCUAGCCCCGCCCUUUAGUCCUGAAAGGCCUCUCAGGAGAGGUGUAGAGGCUCAGCCCUGUCUCGCGCUCUUGGAAGGAGGCCCCGCCCCCACCCCUAGCCCCGCCCUUUAGUCCUGAAAGGCCUCUCAGGAGAGGUGUAGAGGCUCAGCCCUGUCUCGCGCUCUUGGAAGGAGAAUUUCUUUCAAGUUCUGUAUAAAAUCCAGAGAUAUGCCACCUUGCCACUGCUAUGAACAACUGUCUGGAAAACUAGGAAAAUUAGGGUUUAAUUUUAUUACACAACAAAUCCCAACUAGCAUUUGCAAAAAUUACUUUUCUUAGACCCCUCAUUGUUGCGGGCUGCAAUUCCCAUGGCCACACAGGCUUUCAUUGUGAUCAAUGAAAAAAAAUCUACACAAGGUUAAGAUAUUUAUAUCUUAUUACAUUAUAAGUGUAUCCAGAGUAUUCCUGGUAACAUCCUAUUGAGGCCACAUUAUUAAAGGGCUUGUGAACAGAAUGAUGUUCUUCCACAUUAACCAAUGCAAUUUUUUAAGACACGCAGAUUUUUUUUUCCAAAAGAAAGAGAAACUCUGUCAAACCUGCAUGAGAUGAAAGCGUCGAAGAGAUAAACAAACACUAUAAAGGUUCAAAACAUAAAAAGAGAUGUAUAUAUUAGAGCAACUUGCAAAGGCCACAGAAAUAGUCAGGCCUCUCUGAGUAUAGAGCUAUCUUCCUUCUAUGUAAAAAGGAUAAGCGAAUACUAUAGAGUUUCAAAACAUAAGUUGCACUAUGUAAUUCAGAGCACCAUAUACAUACAAUAUUACCUGAGAGUAAACAACAAUAAUGAAAAUAAUAAGUACAGUCAACUGUUAUAAUCCACAGUAGUACCUUCCAGACUGUAAUAGUCUCCACUAUUUAAACAUCAAUUGAAUUUGGAAACCAAAAUAAUAUAAACACAUUCAACCUUUGCAAAAUAAUAUUGGUUAAUAUAUAUUUUAAGACUUCACAGGUAUUGAAAAGCUUGUUCCAAAAACCUUGACCAAAAGUUCUUUUGAUUCUUUGGUCAAGGUUUUUGGAACAAGCUUUUCAAUACCUGUGAAGUCAAAAAAAUAUAUUAACCAAUCUUAUUUUGCAAAGGUUGGAUGUGUUUAAAUUAUUUUGGUUGCCAAAUUCAAUUGAUGUUUAAAUAGUGGAGACUAUUACAGUCUGGAAGGUACUACUGUGGAUUAUAACAGUUGACUGUACUUAUUAUUUUCAUUAUUCCAAAUUUAUUUAAUGCUUAGACCAUAUUUUCAUUAUUGUUGUUUACUCUCAGGUAAUAUUGUAUGUAUAUGGUGCUCUGAAUUACAUAGUGCAACUUAUGUUUUGAAACUUUAUAGUAUUCGCUUAUCCUUUUUACAUAGAAGGAAGAUAGCUCUAUACUCAGAGAGGCCUGACUAUUUCUGUGGCCUUUACAUGUCACAUCUCUUUUUAUGUUUUGAACCUUUAUAGUGUUUGUUUAUCUCUUUGACAUUGUCUAGUAUAGACAUUUGUGUGUAUUUAUCAUCAUGAGAUGAAAGCGACCAACAUGAUUGGAGGGUGAAAGUGGAUUCAUAACUCUUUAGAUUUGUUGCUUAGUUUUAGGAGUAGAAAUAUAUAAGUGUUUUUUGCAUUGUAGGCUUACUCAAACAUAGGCUUCCACUUGUGUUUGGUUACUUCCAAGAAGCUAUAUCUUGGAUAGUAGCCUCAUAAGCAAGCGGAGACAUGUUUAUUUAUGCUCACCUUAUUCCUAGGAAAUGUGUAUAGAAUGACAGUCUUAAUAUUUCUGUAUAUACAUACUAGCUUGGGUUAUUUGAAAAAGUCAUUUUUUUAAUUGUACAAAAUGCAUAAGGUUGUGGGUGAACUACAACUCACAUUAUGACAGGUGAACCCCGUGAAUUUCUAUCAGUACUUAAAGUUUGUUAUGUUGGGCAAGUUUGGUCCAGAUCCAUCAUUGGUGGAGGUCACAGUUUCUUUGGUUGUGGGUGAACUACAACUCCCAGAAAGGAAGGUCAAUCCCAUUAAAACCCCUCCAGUAGGUUGAGUGAGUCAUGGGAGUUCUGUGUGCCAAGUUUGGUCCAGAUCCAACAACUCUGAACAAAGGAUUCCCCCAGGCCAGGAUGUGAGGUUGGGAAGGCCAUUUAAUGCUAAUCACGGUGAUUAAUUACAACAUUCACACUGGCCUCCAGCAGACAAGAGUUCUUUCUUCCACCCAGAUAUAUAAACCUUCCUUGCUUAGUUUCUCCAUACCUCACAACCUCUUGAGGAUGCAUGCCAUAAAUGUGGGCGAAACGUCAGGAGAGAAUGCUUCUGGAACAUGGCCAUACAACCCUGUGAUCCUGGCCAUGAAAGCCUUCGACAACACAUAUCCCGCAAUUCUUAUAUUCCAAUCGAGAGAAAUCAUCCCAUCAAAUCAAAGUUAUUUUACUUCAUGUAGAUUUCAAGUUCAUCUCAUUUGCUCCCCAAAGUCUGUGCAUUUGUGUAAAGCCACCUAAAGCAUUAAUUGUUUUACUUUUAUUUGUAGUUUUACUACAGCUCCCAUACGCUUGCUCAGGGCCGUAGCCAGAAAAAAAUUUCGGGAGGGGUUUUGAAAAUUUUUGGGGGGGGGGGGGGUUGAACCCCUAGCACACACCUCUCCCCGCUACAAACCUCUAAAUAUCUGCUUGAAAUAGUGCCUGGAGGGACUCUUAAUGUUUUGUGUCUCAUAGACUUAGCAUGGGGAUUUGGUUAACCAGUUAAAAUUCAUGAGUAAACCAGGUUUUUUUUAUAACCUGGAAACCUUCGGGGGGGGGGGUUGAACCCCUAAAACCGCCCUCUCGCUAUAGGCCUGCUUGCUCCCUCCGCUUCUCCUCCAGAAUUCACAUCUUUUGUGUUUUCGAGCUUGCUUUUGGACAGAUGUUGAAGCCAAUCGUUGCCCUCCCUAAGGAUUUAGUCCGGGAUCACGGAGCUCCUAAUCCCCAACUGUCCUGAUUUGGCAGGGAGAGUCCCGAUUAAACCCAGAUAUGAGUAAUACUUGGGUUCUUUGGAGGGGUUUUUGAAAAUGCUUUUUUCUAUCUCUGCAAACUUUGAUACCUGUUUUUGUUGGGCUUUUUUGUAACAACAUUUGUACAGACCUUCAGGUCGUCGAUAUCCUUUCCUGUUCGGCAAACAUGGUGCUGUUUGGCGGAAUGUCGGAAAUAUAGGGAAGGGCGACACAUUGGCGAGAAAGACAGAAAUCAGACCAAUCUGUACAUAAAGUAGUGGUAGAUGUUCCUUCUUUAACCUCUUUAUUCUUAAUGUAGUUGUGCAUUAGCCCACGGGAGGUGUCGGUAAGACAAAUUUUCAGAAAGAAACGGGCACGAGUCCCUUGCCAUGUGAUUCCGAUCGGAGUUUAAAAAAACAAUUUAGUUAUUCGACAUUAUUGUGCCCCUUCUACUGUUAUAGUAACACAUGAAAACAAGACAUCUGUUAAUAAAAUAUUUGGAAUGGUUGCAUAUGCA